CACCGAUAGAUCGGAUUUCUCUCACAUUCUCACACAACCGUCGUCGGCCACCAAAUUCCGACUAAUUCGCCGAUCUCCAACGAAAUCUACAUGCAAUGGAGUUCGCCUUUGACUCAUUCGUUUGCUUCUUCACUGCCGCUUUUCUUUUCUCUCUUGCUGGAUCUACAGAUGCCUCCAUUCAUUUCUACAACCGAGAUCCAUUCAGGGAAGUCGGCAAUGCCUUUCUUCUUUCCGGUGGAAGCGAAGGAGUCGUCCUUUCUCGCAUUACCUCUCCUCUUGAUCAAUCCCCCGCUACCUCCGUCCAGGAUGGCCGUUCUUAUAUCAGAUUCGAGAAUAUCACAUUCACGAGGAGAAAAGCGGCUGCAGAUAUGUCAGAUACUACUGGUUUGAUACAAGUUGUAAUCUUUGAGUCUGCUGAUCGUGAUAAUAUUGGUGGUUCUGCUUACGGAGGGCAGAGAUCUAUCUGUUGCACAUCUGAUCUUGCUAAGCUUGAAGGAUGUAAGCAAGGAGAUGUUAUCAGAUUUCCUUCUGCAACUGAUCUUAAAUGGCCAAUAGUCUUGGAUGUUCAAUUCAAUGGAAAUGAAUUAUCAACUAAAAUGGAAAACAAAGAAGUUUUUGUCACGAAGACAGGUAUGUAUAAUCUGUUUUUCAUAUCAUGUGAUCCGAAACUCAGUGAAUUGACAAUGAGUGGGCGAACGAUAUGGAAGAAUCCAGACGGUUAUUUACCUGCUCGAAUGGCUCCUCUGAUGAAAUUCUACGUAGUUAUGUGUAUUGCAUAUGUGUUUCUCAGCAUCAUUUGGUUAUUUCAGUAUGUGAGAUUUUGGAAUGAUAUAUUACAGAUACAGCAUUCGAUUGCUGUUGUAAUUGGCCUAGGGUUAUUUGAGGUUAUACUAUGGUACUUUGAGUAUGCACGUUUUGAUAGUACAGGAAUAAGACCAAUGGGAAUUACAACUUGGGUUGUGACAGUUGGAGCUAUUAGGAAAACUCUGUCUCGGCUUCUUAUACUGUCUGUUUCGAUGGGGUUUGGUGUUGUUCGUCCUACACUCGGGGGGCUAACCACGAAGGUUUUGUUAAUUGGAGUAACAUAUCUCAUUGCUACUGAAUUGCUGAAUAUUACUGAGUAUGUGGGAACUAUAAAUGAUGUAGCAGGAAGAGCUAGGGUUUUGCUAGUCCUUCCUGAUGCAUUUCUAGAUGCGUUUUUGAUACUUUGGAUUUUCACUUCUCUUUCGAAGACACUUGAGCAGCUUCAGGCUAAAAGGAGUUUUGUUAAGUUGGAAAUUUAUAAGAAGUUCUCAAAUGCAUUGGCUGGAGCUGUUCUUCUUUCGGUUGUUUGGAUAGGAUACGAGGUUUACUUCAAGGCGACGGAUCCAUUCAAUGAGAGGUGGGAAAGUGCAUGGAUUAUUACUGCGUUUUGGGAUGUGCUUGCAUUUGCACUACUAUGUGUUAUAUGCUAUCUAUGGUCUCCAUCACAAAACUCUCAAAGAUAUGCAUAUUCGUCGGAAAUUGGAGAGGAGGAUUUGGAAGGUGGUGAAGAGUCUCAAACUUUAUGCAGUGGAAGAAGUAAAGGUGAAAUUGGUUUGAUCAAACAAGAGAACGCAGAUGAUUCAAGCUCGGAAGAUGAAGAGGAUAAGAGAGAAUGAUUAUAUUGAAAGAAAUGUACAAACAUAGUCUUCUUUUUCUUCUUCUUUGAAAACGCAAAUGGGAGCAAUUGCAGAAAAGAAUGGUAAAAAAAGGUUUAAAAUUCAUCUGGUUUAUAAUUGACACAUUUCAUUUGUUUGUUUUUUCCUUUAAAGAUAGUGAAUUUUGUGUAAAUC